UGCAUCGAUUGCACACAGACGCUUGCUUUCCCUCUCGCUGGCUCAGUCCUGUGCGGGGAGGAAGAGGACGGAUUGAGACGUAUCUCUGAUUCUCAAGGUUCCUUUCCUCAUGCUGAGCUGCUGUGAGGAGCCUGGCCGCAUUCUCUCUCUCUCUCAUCUCGGAAGAUUCUGCUAUAGAGAUGUCUGGUGAGAACAUCCUGUCUUCUCCAGAGAUCUGAAACGGGCAUUAUGUCUCACCUCUUGCACAUGGAGAUUCCAAACUUCGGCAGCACUGUUCUGGACAGCCUUAACGAACAGCGGCUGCUGGGCCAGCACUGCGAUGUGGCCAUCAUGGUCAACGGACAGGCCUUCAAGGCCCACCGCGCCGUUUUGGCGGCCAGCAGUCUCUACUUCCGUGACCUGUUCAGCGGUAGUGCCCAGACGCUCUUUGAGCUGCCCUCGUCCGUGGCCCCAUCCUGCUUCCAGCAGAUUCUGUCGUUCUGCUACACGGGCCGGAUGACGGUGAGUGCCAGAGAUCAGCUGAUGGUCAUGUACACCGCAGGCUACCUUCAGAUCCAGAACAUCGUAGAGCGAGGAAUGGACCUCAUGUUCAAGGCCAGCGCUCCAUACUGCGACUCGCAGACAUCUGCCACCGAUGAUCCCCCGAGCCCAAACAACAACAACUCCUCCCUGUUGCUAGGCAACCAGCCCACAACUGUCUGCAAGAUCAAGGAAGAGAAGCUGGAGACCCCGGUGUGUGCUCAGAACGGGGAGCUAAAGCACUCCGAGGAGGACAGGGGACCUAGGGUCAGAUCUUCAAGGAAUGGCACUCUUUUCUACACAAGUGGAGGCACAAAUGGGGUCAUACCUGUGAUGCAUGCUUACGAGCACUCCACCCGAGAUCAUGCCAGUCCCGGUUCCUCUAGCCUGCCGACCACAGACAGCCCAACUUCACACCAAAAUGAGGAGGAGGACUUUGAAGACGACUCGUACGAGAGUCUGACAAAUGGGAAGAUCUUUGGGGGCUCGUCCGGGAUCUAUGGCAGUAAAUGUCUUUUAAUGGACUUCUCUUUUGCUCCAUUGCAGCUCAAAACACUACGGAUUUAUCCCUGUGAGUGUGAUCUGUUGUGUGUCUUCCCAGUGCAAGAGAAGAUGUCCUCCCUACCUCUGUCCUUGGAGAACCGUUUCUGUGUGCUGUUAGGAGGAGACAGAGAGGCUCUGCCUGCCGGACUCAUCAGCCAGAUCGGCUACCGUUGCCACCCUGCUCUCUACACAGAGGGCGACCCUGGAGAGAGACUGGAGCUGAUUGCAGGAUCUGGUGUCUUCAUGACUCGUGGGCAGCUGAUGAACUGUCACCUCUGUGCUGGGGUCAAACACAAAGUCUUGCUGAGACGUCUUCUAGCUGCUUUUUUUGACAGGAACACACUGGCUGACAGCUGUGGAACUGGAAUACGUUCCUCCAACUGUGAUCCAAAUCGCAAACCACUGGACAGUCGCAUACUCAACACAGUCAAACUCUACUGUCAGAACUUUGCCCCUAACUUCAAAGAAAGCGAGAUGAAUGUGAUUGCCGCAGACAUGUGCACCAAUGCCCGGAGAGUUCGCAAACGCUGGCUCCCCAAGAUCAAGUCCAUGCUUCCAGAGGCGAUCGAGGUGUACAGGGGGACUGCGGUCCUGAGCCAGGUGGAAGGAGCUACCCAGCCAGGCGGUGGCUUUCCCUUUGAGUCAGAGUUCAAACACCUGGCAGCGUCAAAUCUGACUCUGGAGCAGCAUCUCUAUGGAGACUGUAGAGAGACAAUGAGGAAUGGCUCUCAUUUCAAUAUGGAAGAGAGGUCCCAAAAAGGUGAAGAAGCCAAGACUGAGCCAAGCCAAGCCAAAGAGCCAGACAACCUGCAGGAAGUUGAAAGGCUUCCGGAGAGUCCAGAGAGAGCGGCCAGUGUGCUCGCCCUCAACCCUGCCAGCAAGAAAGGGGAAAAAGAGCAUGCAACCAGCAGCCCCAGAUCACAGAGAGAGGAACAGAACAGACAGAGACCACUAAAAGAUGAUCAGUGACUUCCUCCACUUCAUACUAUUAAAAACUGGUCUGCAGCUUCUCACACCAAAAAGGAUCAUUAUCAGUAAAGGCAAUCUCUCAUGCCACUGAACAUUACAUUAAAGCUGCAUGAUUAUGGGAACUGGACAUACAACAUUUUUCCAGGAUAGACUGAAAAACGUCUGCAUUAAAUACAGUUGUGAUUACAAGUUUACCAACCAUCAUAACAACUGCACUUUAGUUUAUUACUCACCUUAUGAAGCUGUUUGAGAGAUAUUUACAUUUAUUCCACAAGACAAAAUAAUUAAAUUUACACAUCUGAUUCUUUUUUUUAAAGGUUUACAUACCCUUGGAUUUUAAUAUCAUAUAUUGCCUCCUCAAGCAUCGAUGACUGUUUGUAGGUCUUUUACGAUAGUUGUGCAUGAGUUUCUGUUUUGUCCUGAGCAGUUAAGCUGUUCUUGACCAAGCCUCCAGGUCCAGUAAGUUAUUUGGUUUCCCAGCAUGCUCUGAACAAUUGAGGGACUCAUGCAAAACUGUGAUGCUUGAGGCAACUCACAAUAUUAAGAAUCAAAGGUAUGUAAACGACUCAUUAGGAUUUUUGUGUAGUUUUUUUUUCUUAUGAAAUUUACACAAAUAUCUGUUAUGCAGCAUCAUCAGGGCAAUACUAAAUUACUAAAACAACAUUUUCAUGAUCUUAUUUUAAAAAAAAUACUAACUGUCUUACUGAUUCCCCAAGGGGUUUGUAAACAUCUAAGCACGACUGUCUAAAAAAUUGUAAGGACCUUUAAAGAAGCCACUUAGCAUACGUAAAUACCGGCACAUAUACAAGCCCAGUACAUUAAGGCAAGCUGCAGUGCGUUUUUUAUGAAUGCAUGUGAUGCGUAAGCUCUGGCAUUUCUGACUAAAUACUCUUGCCAAUUACAGAAACAAAUGGAUCAUGGACUUCUGCAUGGCAAAAACAAGUGAAGGACAAAGGCUCUUCUUAAUAUAACACGACUUACAUGCUUCAGAAAUCAACUAUACUGCUUUGACUCCAGCAGGACAGUGGGGUUGCUAUGUACAAAGCUGACUGUGAGACUGCUGAGUUCAGUACAGUAAGGGAAGCUGAACAGAGAACAACAGUUCUCUAGAGAGUAGCCUGGACUCUCAGUUUUCCCUCUCAAGCUUUUUAAUCUUACUCUUGUUCUCAAGCUGCUGUAUAGUAAAUGCUUGCCUGUUUUUUUGCAUAUCAGCUGGUCUGGACAUUUGAAACGUGAUUGUAUGAUUGUUUUUUGGAAGCGAAAUAAAGGAAAGGAUUAUUU